GAAACGAAGCGCGCCGCGACGGCCCGCAGACGAACUCGGCAUGGCUUCGGACGACGUGUCGCGCGCCUCCAACGACAGCGAGGCCACGGUCGCGUUCUCGAGCGCGUCACCGUCGCCAUCCGCGUCACCGCUCAAGACACCCCAUGCUGUCGAGCGAGCCGAGACGCCUCUGGACGUCGUGCACCACUUUCGCGCGGCCAAGCCGACGGCCGUGGUGCAGUGGGCAGCCACCGCCCACGGCAUUCUCUCCCAAGUCCAGUGGGCCCGGGUGGCCGCCAGCGUGAUCGAGUGCCCUGUGUGCAAGGUGCGCCACGACGGCCCGCGGCAUCUCGCGAAACACAGCAAUGACUGCCUCCUGCGCAUGCUCAUGCAGUACCCUGCGAUCUUUCCAUCGCCGCGUACAGAGAGGAGCCCGGACCUCGUGCGCCCGACGCCGCUGCGCGCGGACACGGUGGUUGUCGCCGAGCCCUUGGAGCUCAACUGCUUGUCCGUCUCGGCGUUCCACGCGUCCGAGUCGCAUCUGCUCAAGAGCCUCAGCCGCGUGUCCGUCUCCGACCACGAGCCGGACUUUGGCUCGCUCUCGUCGUCGCAGCUCGAACACUUGUGCCCGCCGCCGCUCGCCGACUCGGCGCACAUGCUGUCGCAGUUUACGGACGCGCCGCUCACGAGUUUCGUCGAAGAGUCGAUUCUCGCGGUCGGCCUCAAGGCGGUGGCGAAGCGCCACGCAGCCUUCGACCGAACAUGGUCCCUGGUUGGGUUUUACCACGUGGUGGGCACGGACUCGCUGCAGUUUGAAGCCGUGAGCGAUCGGGACCAAGACGCGAUCUGGGACGCCCACCCAGAGCUCGAAGCCGCAAUUCGCCGCGUCCGGCACCGACGAAGUGCGCGCGACCCGAAAGUCUUUCCGUGCGUUGGCGACCCUGACAUGCCGACCCUCGACGACAUCAAGAGUCGUCUUCUCCAGCAGUAUAGUACACAACAAACCGUCUGAGAUCAGUCCACGUUGCAAUACUAUAGUACCUUUUUAACCAAACCAACACUUUGCGAUGCUGCGUACUCGAAC